UUGGAGCCCGCCCCCAGCCCAACCCACACGUGGGUUCGAGCACGUCCGCCUGGCUACCCACUGACGUCAGCCUCGCUGUUCCAUUUAAGGCCCCCCCAGGUCCCCAGCACUGUCUCGGAGCAGCUGCUGCAGAGGCAGGAUCUAACGCUGCGCGCCGCGGACGCCCGCCAGCCCGACGUGCAUUCGCGAUUCCUUUGGGUUCUAAGUCCAAAAACAUGGCAACUCUCAAGGAUCAGCUGAUUCAGAAUCUUCUUAAGGAAGAACAUACCCCCCAGAAUAAGAUUACAGUUGUUGGGGUCGGUGCUGUUGGCAUGGCCUGUGCCAUCAGUAUAUUAAUGAAGGAUUUGGCAGAUGAACUUGCUCUUGUUGAUGUCAUAGAAGACAAAUUGAAGGGAGAGAUGAUGGAUCUCCAGCAUGGCAGCCUUUUCCUUAGAACACCAAAAAUUGUCUCUAGCAAAGACUAUAAUGUGACAGCAAACUCUAAGCUGGUUAUUAUCACUGCUGGGGCACGUCAGCAAGAAGGAGAAAGCCGUCUUAAUCUGGUCCAGCGUAAUGUGAAUAUCUUUAAAUUCAUCAUUCCUAAUGUUGUAAAAUAUAGCCCAAACUGCAAGUUGCUUAUUGUUUCCAAUCCAGUGGAUAUCUUGACCUAUGUGGCUUGGAAGAUAAGCGGCUUUCCCAAAAACCGUGUUAUUGGAAGUGGUUGCAAUCUGGAUUCAGCCCGGUUCCGUUAUCUCAUGGGGGAAAGGCUGGGAGUUCACCCAUUAAGCUGUCAUGGGUGGGUCCUCGGAGAGCAUGGAGACUCUAGUGUGCCUGUGUGGAGUGGAGUAAAUGUUGCUGGUGUCUCCUUGAAGAAUCUGCAUCCUGAUUUAGGCACUGAUGCAGAUAAGGAACAGUGGAAAGAGGUUCACAAACAGGUCGUUGACAGUGCCUAUGAGGUGAUCAAACUGAAAGGGUACACUUCCUGGGCCAUUGGACUGUCUGUGGCAGACUUAGCAGAAAGUAUAAUGAAGAAUCUUAGACGGGUGCAUCCAAUUUCCACCAUGAUUAAGGGUCUCUAUGGAAUAAAAGAUGAUGUCUUCCUUAGUGUUCCCUGCAUCUUGGGUCAGAAUGGAAUCUCUGAUGUUGUGAAGGUGACCCUGACUCCUGAGGAAGAGGCCCGUUUGAAGAAGAGCGCAGAUACACUGUGGGGCAUCCAGAAAGAGCUGCAGUUUUAAAGUCUGCUAAUGUCCUACCACUUCACCAUCUAGGCCAGAACAGGAUUUUAGUUGGAGGUUGUGCAUCUUGUCCUUUUUAUCUGAUCUGUGACUAAAGACAUUAAGACAGCCUACAAAACAUCAGUUUCCUCAAGUUAGAAAUAGAAAUGGUUCAUAAAACCAUGCAGCUCUAUCCUGAUGCUGGAUGGUACUUAAUAUUGUGUAGUCCUAAACUAGAUAUUUCCACCACCUCAGGGGCACCACUGCCAAUUCCGCACUUGCUCUUCAAACCAGAUGUGUGUUAUAAAACUUCUGGUUCCUUCACCCAGUAUGCCUAGUCCAACUUUAUUUUCUCCAAUCACAUCCUGGGAUCCAGUGUAUAAAUCCAAUGUUGCAUGUAUUGUGUAUAACUGUUCUGAAGGAUCUUAUUUUGUGUACUUAUAUGUGUCAGAGUAGUGUACAUUGCCAUAUGAUGUAAAAAGAAAACUCUGCAUAUAAAAAAUGCAACGAACUAUCCAAGUGUCAUACCAACUAAAACACCAAAUAAACCUUGAACAGUGA